AAUUCAAUUUUAAUUUAAUUGUAACAAAGUAAAUAAACGGUAGGCACUGCUUUCUCCGCACUUUUGAGGUGGAAAGCAGUGCUUGGCGCCGAAUAAUAAUGAAAAAGUUUUUGGAGAAAGGAAAAGGUUAUGAGAGUGAUAGCUCGACAACGGACGAAGGUACAAAAAGAAAAAUGAGAGAGGGGGACAACGAAAAUGAGGAGAGAGAAGAGCACGCGAAGAGCAGAAAGCUUUCAACGAAUUCACCACAAAAAAAGUACGAAUCAAAACUAGAUACCAUAAUCGAAAUGAUGAGUAAAUUGUCAAACGAUGUCACAGAGAUAAAGAAAGACCAAAAGAGCAGUAAAGAAGCAAUAGAACAGCUCAUUGAAGAUAACCGAAAGUUGAAGAACGAGAACAAACAACUUAAACAAGAAAACAAGGAAAUCAAAGAGGAAUUGAAAGAAAUAAAGGAAAAUAUGGAAUUUAUGGAAAAACAACGGAGGAAGAACAACGUAGUAAUGAAUGGAUUAACAAUAGACACCUAUGAACAAGGAGCAAUAAAAGAGGCGAUGCUGAAUUUGUUCAAAGGACAUAUGGAAAUUGAGGUCAAAAUAAAAAAUGCAUACAAGUUGGGAACAAAAACCUGUCUGAUUGAACCAGAAGACCAGGAAGACAAAAUCAAAGUCAUGAAGAAUAAGUCCAAGCUAAAAAAUUACAAGGAAGAAAAAAUAUAUAUCAACAAUGACACCACAAUGAGAGAAAGAGAAAUACAAAAAACUAUCCGGAUGAUCGCACGAGAAGAGAGAGAUAAAGGUAAUGAGGUAAAAAUUGGUACAGAUAAACUCUGGGUAAAUAAUGAAGAAUGGAAAUGGAAUAAUAAAGAAGAUAAGAUAGAAAAAUCAAAAAACUAA